AAUUAAAUUGAUCUUUGAGAAUCGAAACAAAGUGAACAAAAUACAAGAAAUCGAAGUAAACUUAAAGUCCCGCAUGCCGGUGGUAGCAAAAGCAAUGCAAGGAGAGGUCGUCAAAUGGAGAAAAAACAUGGAAGGCCUGUGUGCCGAAGUGAGGUUAUUUUGUCAACUUUACUGAAAAAGAAUGGCAAUUAUGUGAAUGAAGAAGGGAAGAUUAUAGCUGAUAAAAUAUCGGAGCAUCUAUCUCAAGAUCAAGAACAUGCUGCCACUUUAGGUGUUCCGUUGAAGAUAUUGGCUCAUCCUAAUGAUGAUAUUGGAAAAGUAUAUGGAGCUGAACAUUCUGGUCGUGUGCGUGGUUUAGGUGGUAAUAUUUGCCCCUCGACUGCUUUUGGAAUGCCUAAACAUUCAAUUAGUCAUGCGAAUCUUGAUGGUUCUAGUAAUAUGUCUCAUCUACGUGUUGAAGACCUAGAGAAGCAUGUAGGAACCUUGAAAGAGAAGCUCAUUGGAUAUGAAGAGACCAAAGAAAACUCGAGGAUACCAAGGAACAACUUGUGGAGACCAAGGAACGGCUUGCGCAAAUUGAGAAUCACUUGGCAACUCUUCAUAGGUUUUUACAAGCUAAAUUUGGUAGUGAGUUGCCUAGUUUCAACUUAGAUUCUUCUUAGCCUUUUGUGCAUAGUAUAUUUUUGAACCACUAAAUAUGUAGUGUACCUAACUUUUUGUAUUUCCAUUA